AUGCCCGAGUCAAGAUCCCUGGAUACUGCUAGGGUUGCCAAAUUCAGAAAGGAAUUAUCGGCUCCUGCAGUGGACCUAGAUGCUCUUCGGGAGCUUUCAUGGAGUGGCAUACCUCCCAACUUAAGACCAACUGUCUGGCGUCUUUUACUGGGAUACGCACCGCCAAACGCGGAUAGAAGAGAGACAGUUUUAGCCAGGAAACGUCAAGAGUACAGGGAGUGGGUUCCCCAGUAUUAUGACAUUCCAAAUGAAGACCGCAGUGAUGAUGAAAUUCACACUCUUCGCCAGAUAUCUGUAGAUUGCCCGAGAACUGUUCCAGAUGUCCCCUUCUUCCAGCAAACCUUGAUGCAGACAGCAAUUGAGCGCGUACUCUACAUUUGGGCUAUACGCCACCCAGCCAGUGGAUAUGUUCAAGGAAUUAACGACCUGCUGACUCCAUUCCUCACAGUGUUUCUUUCGGAGAUAUUUGAAGGAGACAUUGAUACCUGGGUGGUUUCAAAGCUUUCUGAAGAUACUCUCUUGCAAGUCGAGGCAGAUAGUUACUGGUGUCUGUCCAAGUUGCUUGACGGCAUCCAAGACCACUAUACUUUUGCACAGCCAGGCAUCCAGCGCCUUGUUUUCCGCCUCAAGGAGCUUGUGAGAAGGAUUGAUGAGCCUGUCUCUCGACACAUGGAAGAGCACCACUUGGAAUUUCUUCAGUUCGCGUUCCGGUGGUUCAACUGCCUUCUAAUCCGUGAGUUUCCUGCUCACCUGGUCAGAACAACUUCAACAGAUGGACUUCCAGGAAAUGCCAUUCUUGGCAUGGAUGUGAUCUGCCAAGCCAAGUCUGGUAUGGGGAAGACAGCUGUGUUUGUGCUGGCAACGCUUCAGCAGAUCGAACCAGUAGCUGGGGAGGUGUCGGCGCUGGUCCUCUGCCACACCCGUGAACUCGCAUAUCAGAUCUGUAACGAGGUUCAGAGGUUUACCACAUACCUUCCGGAUGUCAAAGUCGCAGUCUUCUACGGUGGCGUGGCGAUCAAGACACACAAGGAUAUGCUCAAGAACGAAUGCCCGCACAUUGUCGUCGGAACGCCCGGUCGUAUUCUCGAUCUUGCUCGGCAGAAGGAUCUGAACUUAAAGCAUGUUCGCCACUUCAUUCUCGAUGAAUGCGACAAGAUGCUGGAGUCGCUUGAUAUGCGGAGGGAUGUUCAGGAGAUCUUCAAGCUUACUCCUCACGACAAGCAGGUCAUGAUGUUUUCCGCGACGCUCAGCAAGGAGAUUCGCCCCGUCUGCAAGAAGUUCAUGACCGAUCCGAUGGAGAUCUACGUUGAUGACGAAACGAAGCUGACACUUCAUGGACUUGUUCAGCACUAUAUUCAACUGAAGGAGAACGAGAAAAACAGAAAGCUGAACGACCUUCUUGAUGCUCUUGACUUCAAUCAAGUCGUCAUCUUUGUCAAAUCAGUGAACCGCGCUGCUCAGCUGAACAAGCUCUUGGUGGAAUGCAAUUUUCCCGCUAUUAGCAUUCAUUCUCAGAUGACACAGGAGGAGAGGCUGACCCGCUACAAGGCAUUCAAGGAGGGACACAAGCGCAUUCUGGUGGCAACAGAUCUUGUGGGUCGUGGCAUUGACAUCGAGCGAGUCAAUAUCGUCAUCAACUACGACAUGCCUGAAAAUGCAGACACGUAUCUUCAUCGGGUUGGCCGUGCUGGUCGUUUUGGUACAAAGGGUCUAGCUAUCACUUUUGUGAGCUCAGAGGAGGAUUCGAAGAAGCUGGAUCAGGUUCAGUCACGGUUUGAAGUUGACAUUAAGGCCUUGCCAGAGCAGAUUGACACGUCUACGUACAUGCCUUCUUAG